AUAUACAAGAGAAAACAGAUAGACAAAUCUACACAAAGCACACAAGAAGAAAACCUACACUCCCUCUCCCUCUCACACUCCCACACUCUUCUCCGCGUCAUUAUUCCGGCAUAUUCUCCGGCGAAUUCGUAAACCCAGAAAAACAAUGAAAAUGAUUAGAGAUGAAUGAGCUACCGGUGAUCACAUAUUCACCAUGUCAAUCUCCUACUCCGACUGCCUCUCCGACCUUCUCUGCGGGGAGGACUCAAAUAGUAUCUUCGGAGAAGUUUCGGUAGAAUGCUCAUCAGACCUGGAUUCUCAGUCGCAGGACAUCGAAGAAUCCAUCGCCGGUCUUAUUGAAGACGAGCGAGAUUUCGUCGAGAACUUCCAUUCAACUACUCAGUACCUCGAUGCAUCUACUAGAGCAGAAUAUGUUGCAUGGAUUAUUAAGGUACAAAAAUACUAUGCCUUCCAGCCGUUAACGGCGUAUCUCUCCGUCAACUACUUUGAUCGUUUCCUCCACUCUCGUCGUUUGCCGAAAACGAAUGGAUGGCCAUUGCAAUUGUUGUCCGUUGCAUGCUUGUCAUUAGCUGCUAAAAUGGAGGAAGUUCUGGUUCCUCCUCUAUUGAAUCUCCAGGUUGAAGGUGCAAAAAUUAUUUUUGAGCCAAGAAAUAUCCAAAGAAUGGAGCUGCUUGUGCUGCGUGUAUUAGAUUGGAGGCUAAGAACCAUUUCUCCAUUUAACUAUCUCAAUUUUUUCGCAAACAAGAUCGACCCUACCGGAACUUAUACUAUGUUCAUUACAUCAAGGGCCAUUGAGAUUAUUCUGUCAAAUAUUCAAGAGGCCAGCUUCCUUGAUUACAGACCAUCAUGCAUAGCUGCUGCAACAAUACUUUGUGCAGCAAAUGAUCUGCCAAAUUUUUCUUUUGUAACUGCUCAAAAUGCUGACUCAUGGUGUGGUGGACUUCACAUAGACAAGAUCAAUGGUUGUUAUCGAUUGAUGAGGCAGAUUGUUAUGAAUAAUAGGCCAAGGAAACCACCAAAAGUGCUACCCCAUUUCCUGGUCAUGCCUCGGACAAGUAUGUCAAGUGACUCAUCACUCUCAUCCUCUUCGUCUUCAUUUUCUUAUAAAAGGAGAAAAUUAAAUAAUGGCUUGUGGAUGGAUGAUGACAAAGGAUGCUCUAAUUAAAGCAAGAUGGUGGUCCAAGUUUGGGUAAAGUAAAAUCGUCAAUAUUUUUUUGGAGGGUUGUGAGGUAAAAUUGGCAUGAGUUAUACAGAGAAGUAAUAUACAUAUAUAAUGUAUGUCCAAGAAGAUUGGACUGUUUGCUAGAUUUUAAUAUAUAACUUUUCAAGUGGGCAUUGCCAUUCUUUUAUGAAGGCUAUGCAGAUUCCUUAGGGAAGGGAUUUGGUACAUAUAAUUUUGGUGCAAUAAGAGAUUGUUUAUUAGUAGGAGAGUGAUGGAGUACACUAAUGAAGUGAGGAGUGAUUGAAUUCAAGGGCAGCAUUGAUGAUUGAAUGAAAUGAAGAGAUUGUGGACCAUAGGGAUUUUGAUAAAUCAAUGGAGUUUGGAAAAUAAAAAUAAGACAGAUUCAUGGGAUCGUACAAAUCAAGUUCCUUAUCUUGGCUGCCAUCAUUGCUUCAGCUGCUAUUAUUCAAGAAAAGGGUACAGAGUAUAUAAAAAGAAAGGGAGAAUAAGAGUGGCCAGUCUCCAUAUAAAAUUAGAGUUUUUUUUCCCCCGAGUUUUUGAGUGAUGAGUGUACGCGUUUACAAUGUAUUAGAUAUGUGUAAAUGAAUUUUGCUUUUUCUUUGGCAGGGAAAAAGCUCUUUUCUUUUAACUUUUUGAGUGUUGUACGUGCGUGCAAUGGAUGCAGGCUGUAUUACGUUUUUUUUAUUUGUUUUUCUUUUCCAAAAGAGAUGAAAAAUGUUUCGUUCUUUUCUUAAUGGGCUAAGGUUAGCCUAACCAUAGAAAGGUCUUUGGGGCCUUUUUUUGUUCUUUACGAGUGUUGUAAUUAAAUUAUUGAAAUCAAACAUAUAAUUUUUAUAUUU